AACAGAGUUCGUAGUGAAAAAAAAAACUGAGAGUCUCUGUUUGAGGCGCGCAAGUUUUCAUAAUCGUUUCUUCACGCAGAUCUAUCAAACCAGCAUCGAUUUCAUCUCUGCAUUUUCAAAUUCCAUUAACUUCUCGAAGUUAAGGAACUCACAAAUCUGAAAUAAUGGCGUGGCGACUUUCACUGCCCGCGUUUUCUGUAUUCCUGAUCUUGUUCUCUCUGCUCAACGAUUCUGUUCUCUGUAAAACACUUAAACGAGAUGUUAAAGCAUUGAAUGAGAUCACGGCUUCUCUUGGCUGGAGAGUGGUGUAUUCAUGGGUUGGAGAGAUGAUCCGUGUGGCGAUGGUGAUCUUCCUGCUUGGUCUGGUGUCACUUGUUCUACUCAAGGAGAUUACAGAGUGGUUACUAAAUUGUAUGAUUGGGUACUGUCUGUAUGAUGCGUUUCCCACUGCUGUAACUAAUCUUUUGGAUCUUACUACGCUGUUCUUGGACUACAACCAAUUUAGUGGGAGAAUUCCAGAUGAUUUUUACAAACAUCCAUUAUUGAAAGAGAUGUUCAUCGUGAGUAAUGCCUGUUGGCAACAAGUGAAGCCAAUAGGCGUUCACAAAGCUCUUGAAGUUUCAGACGCAGAAUUCCUCGUUUAAACCACCACAUCCACCAUUCUUUAUUCAAUUUCAAGCUUCUUUUUUCAUGUUUAACCCAAAGGCUUCUUUUCUUUUCUUUUCUUUAAGUGGGAGCAGCUUUAGCUUUGUAGUUCAUACACAGU